AUGGUCUGUUGCGCAGAGGAAGGCGAUGCGGAGAACGUCAUGGUUCAUCCAGUUCGCAGCACGGACUCGACCAGUUCGCAGCGGAUGGAAGAGAUCCUUUCCCAACUCAAUGCGCUUGCUGCUCGAGUUGAAAUGCUCGAGAGACGUGCAGAAGGGGAGCCGGUCUCCAUGCUCGGUGGAAUGAAAGAGGUUGAAACGAUCAAAGGGAUGGACCUGAACAUUCAACCGAUCAGUAGCAUGGCUCCCAUGAAAACACAGGGAUCAACUGAGUUCGAGACAGACACCAGUGUCGCCUCAGACAUUACAUCACAGAGAUCUCCUCAGCGACGAACACUCACACAGGAUCUUAGCCGAGCAGGCACAUCACUGUCUGAAGUGGGUCGAGGCCGCUCCAGCCAGCUCUUGUACGAGUCCUUCUGGGAUGCAACCGUCGUUUUGGGAAUGGGUGACCUUGGAAUGGCCACUACAUUUCUGGUGACCAUCGGAAUUAUGGUGAGCGUUUGCGCUCAGUCCUUGUUUUGCUGGGUGGUCUUUGCGGCUUUCUUGUCGCCUGAUGCAAAGUAUGAUCCAGCAUUCCUCACCGAUUGGCGCCUCCUGGUGGGACAUGGUGUGAAAGGCUAUGACGCCAAUUCCGGUUCGUCUCUCAUCAGCCGGGCAUGCCGAGGAAAGCCUUUUGACCGAGAAUGGUGGGCUGAUGCGUUGCUCAAUGAGAUUGAUGACUACCUCACACCUCUCCUGUCCGAUAUGAUGACUGUCGGCUUUGUGCUGAGCAGCAUGGCUGUGGCAAUUUGGCUUGCCUACAUUGCCAAAGAGCUUCAACGAGUGGGUUGCCUGAUGGCCAAUGUGGCUCGUAUCCCACGAGGUGCCUCCUUCAUCUCGAACGAGGCCUCAGGCGGCCGAAACAGCAGCUUUCACCGGUCAGCUUCGGCUUCAAGCUUGGAUACGCUGUCAAGUGGCAACACUCGUCUUGUCAGGACCUUCAGGACAAUUACUCUCAGGCGCACCUCAGUGCUGCUGUUCGUCUUCACGAUUCGGGCCACCUUGGCAGUGCUUUUGGGCUUUUGUGGUGCUUUGUGGCUUUGUAGAACCAGGGACAUCGAAAACAUCAUUCAGAAUGGAGUCUCUUUGGUCUUUGUCCUGGAGAUUGAUGAGCUUUUCUUUGAGCUCUUUGCCCCGCGUCAUGCAAGCCGUUUCAUCACCUCCAUUGCCAGAGUUGAGACUCAAGCACGGAAGCCAUGGGUUGAGAAUGCGUUCAGCGUUUUGCAGUUUGCGGCCUUCUUUGUGGUCGUGGCACUUUUCGUGAUCGAGGAGGUCUAUGAGAAUAACCUGUCGGCCCAAAGGGUGAGGGAUACCAUGUGUAAGGGCAAUCAAGACUUCAUCAUUGAGUCUCAUGCGACAGUGGGGCCAAUCUUCCUGACGGAUACAAUCCCCUUCGUGGAUGGUAACCUUGACAACAAGAUGCUCCCUGGAAUGAAACCUCUUCUCCGAGAAGUCGCUGAGAACUACAAUCCAGCUGAAGCCAAGGACUGGAUGUGGAGAACGACCAUGGAGGGUCGCGGAGAGGUGGCGGUGAAGCACACGCCCACCGUGAAUGACUUCAAUGCUUGGUUGUCCAUGGACCAAUUUCAAGUAGCGGACCAUUCGACCUACGGCUUUGGCAACUGGUUUGGCAAUACCUGCUUUGAUCAGGGUCGGGAUUUCUGGGAGGGUGAUUGGCUUUGGAGUACUGCUAUGGCUUUGACUGGAGCCACGGAUUGCCCGAGUGCCGAAGCCUUUUGCGGACGGAAAGAGUUCCCCUUGGUGCGAAUGCUUUGCCCACAGACCUGCAGAUGCACCUCAGCGGACUCAGGGCAGUUUCUGUCGAAUGGAUGUCGACUGGGCUGCAGGGAUGAAGCAUCUUUCAUGAACUCUUCUUGUCAUGACAUCCGAGUGAAUGAACCGGAGCGGAAGGAAGCUUGGGACUACUACUGGAGCUUGUUCUACAGCAACAACAAAGGUCAUUGGCAAGAAGAUCAUGAGCUCAUGGUCUUUGCGAAGAAUGGUUCCAUGGGAGAUUGUGAGAUCAUCACCCGAGAGGCAUGGAUGAUCAAUGAGUUCUGCUUCCACUUCCACAACGCCUGGGUGGCUCGGCGACCACUGACGGCAUUUUGUCCAGAGACCUGCGGCUGCCUCCAAGAGGAACGGCCCGUUUUUGUGAAGGAAGCAGAACAGCAGGUAGAGAAUGUGGAAGCUGCGCUCGUCAAGGUAGCAGAGGCUGAACUGCCAUUCCUGAAAGGUAUCGAGGUGCUCCCACUUUCGGAAGCGUCCAUUGCCAUUGCGGAGUGUGAAAAGGCAGCCAAACAUGUGCAGGAGGCAUUGGAAAAAGCAAAGUCUUUCGUGAGUGCCAAAGUGAUGGAAGUUCAACGAUUUGCGGAGGCUGCUGCCAAGCCGUGUUUGGAAAGGCUGAAUGGAUUGGUGGAGCGCAACAACGCGGCAGCCACCAAACUGACCGAAUUCCGCAAAGACACUGAGAGUCACAAAAGAACCUCUCAAAUGCAGGAGGCUGAAGAAAUGCUGAAUGCAGCCGAAGCAGAGAUAGAGAAGACGCGCGAGGCCGGUGCUCCACUAUCGGCUGAGGAUUUGAGCUCCAUCACCCAGGAGAUCGGCACAGAGAUCUGUGAGAAGAUUGCCGCACUUGAAAAGGGAGCCAGCAAAAAAGUGAGCGACGCCCUCAACUUCCUUGCAGAAAGGCGAAAGGAUGUCAGAGGAACACCGCAAGAAAAGGAGCUGGAACAGUUUCAGGCUCGUCUUGGCAAGAUCAAGGCGAGCCUUGCGGAGGCCAAAAAGACCGCCUCGCAGCAAGAGCAGCGCUUUGUGUCGCGGAAGCUGCAAGCCGAGGGGUUGGAACUCGUGAAUGAGGUGGAGCGAGAGGUGAAGAAGGUUGAGGUCGCCGCAGAGCCUUUGCUUGCGAGUUCUAGUUUCUUGGUCCGUGGGAACCUGCACCGCCUCAGUGGUUUGGUUCAGGACCAUAUUAGCAAAGGCUCUUCGAAAGACUCGGUUUUCCAGCAGGCAUGUGGUGAACGAGAACGUGUCACACUCGAAGGCUUCCAGGCCUUUGUCACUUGGAUAUUGGAGCAGAGCGGCGAGGACAGCCGGGACGUGUUCCUGGAGCAAGAAGUGGAGGCGAUGUUCACACAUCUCGAUUCGGACAAGAGCGGUGACCUUACUGAGAAAAAGUUCCAGGACAUCUUCUUGGACCAGUUCGCUUGUGUGCAACCGGUGUCCAUGACCGAAAGUUUCUCCAUUUCGGAGGGCAAAAGCGUCCUCAAAUUGGAUCUGGGAGUUGCUGUGGAGGCUUUGAGCAGGCCGCAGUAUGACGAGCAACAGAAGCUCACACGGCUUCAUUGUCGGCUGUUGGAAGAUUCCACGAAAGAGGGCUGGGUGACGAUGAAAGGGAAUCAAGGCAAAGUCUUCUUGGAUCGGCUCUCACCGCAUAGUGCACAUCAAAAGUCCUUGGAUAGGAUGAUGUCUGCUUCUACAAAGGUCGUCAACAAGGCCUCAUCCUUUUUGAGCGCGAGAAGAAAAGAAUUGAACGACUGCAGCAAUGGGCCAUUGUUAGAGGCGAAAGUGAAGAUGGAAGAAUUUAAAGUCAAGGCUUCGUCACUACAGCGAAAGCUGGACGAGAUUAAGAAGAAAGUUGCAGAAGCUGCGAAAGAGUACGAAAAGUGUGAAGCACAGCAAAAACGAGCACGCAGCGAUGCACGCGACAAGCGGCUUCUGGAUGCCAUGACCAAGGCGAUUGAACAAGAGCUACAUACUCUCAAAGCUGAAGAGAAGCGAAUUGCCGAGGUGGUGGCUCCACUGACCAAUGGAGCAGACCUGGAGGUUCUGGACGCACCAGUCUCCAUCCUGAAGGAUGGCAAAGAGAUGGCUGAAAAGCUCAAGGAACAAUCAGCUGCUGCAAGGAAGUCUAUUCAGCAGCAUGAAGUCCCUCAAGGCGUGGCUGCAGGAACUGCCACGUCUAUGCGCCAAGUCAUCAGCACAUCCCUUUCAGAGGUGGACACCGUGAUCAAGACGGUGAACGCUUUGGUAAAGGCGGUGAAUAGCUCAGCCGUGAAGGUAGCCGAGGCCAUCCAGAGAAGGGUGCAGCUGGCCUUGAGACAGGAAGUCCAGAGAAGAGACAUUCGCAUCGAAGUGAUUUUUGACGAAAUUUCAAAUGGCGGACACACUGCGUCUCGGUCGGACCUCUCCAGGUGCCUCAAUAACCUUCCCGAUUUGAAGCUAACGACCGAGCAGAUCUCACUGAUGUUGGAUCGCAUCAUUGGCGACAACUCUGAGGAUGGUGUCAUCUCGCGAUGGAACUUCUUGCGCCGCUUCCAGCAAUUCUAUGAAUGCCAGAAGACCAUCGCUCUCACGCAUGACCUUGCCAUCACGAACAGCAAGCCGAUUCGUAUGCUGAAUGCCGAGGAGGCCAUCGAGGUGCUGGAAGGUCCUCGAGGAGAUGAAAAGUCAGGCAUCGAGCGAAUCCGUGGUCGUGCUGUGCGGGACAGCACCAUUGGAUGGGUCAGCGUCAGUGGAAACCAGGGCUCCGUGUUUCUGAAGGAGAGGCCCAAGCCUUUUGUUCAUUGCUUGGUGGAUCUUCCACUGGAGAAGAGCUUUCGGUCCUCAGGUGAAGCACCAGUGAGGUCCCUUAAGACCAAUGAAGUCCUCGAGAUCCUUGAAGGGCCUCGGCAGGACAGUCGAGAUGCUGUGAUGCGUGUGCGAUGCAAAGUCUUCACGGAUCAGCUGGAGGGCUGGGUGACCUUGAACUCUGCCGGAGAAAUGCAAGCGCAGACCGGACAACAGAGGUUUUGGAAAUGCAAGACCGGAGUCGCAGUCACAGACGGCCCGAACAUCAAGCUCUGCAAGGUCUUGAGAAAGAUGGAAGUGGGCGAAUUGAUCCGACUUCUUGAAGGGCCAGAGGUUGACAAGGAAUCUGGUGUGACUCGCAUCAAGGCGCUGUGCCUCAAGGACGGCUUGGAAGGGUGGGUCACAACCCUUGGAAAUGCUGGGACGCUGUACGCAGAGGAGAAAAGCGACAUCUACAGCGUUUCUUGCGAUGAAUUACCACUUCAAAAGGCCUAUGGGGACUUAAGUUCGGGCACCAUCCGAAUGCUCCGGAAAGACGAAGCCUUUGAGGUGCUGGAAGGUCCAAAAGAAUUUAGGCCUGAACCGGUGGAAAGAAUGAAGGGCCGUGCUUUGGCAGAUGGUGCUGUUGGCUGGGUCACAGCUACAACCAAAAGGCUAAAGCGCUGGUAUCCCAACUACAUUUGCAAGCAGAACACUGUCCUGCAAACCACUGUAUCGAUUGGCCCAACGGCCGGUUUGGUGCGUCGAGUGGAAGAGGGUGAGCUGCUGGAGGUGUUGGAUGGUCCGAAAGAGGACUCAGAAGCUGGAGUUCUCAGAGUAAAAGUCAAAACUCGCAAAGAUCAGGCCGUAGGUUGGAUCACCUUGAAAGGAAAUCAAGGAACACUCUUCCUCAUACAGUGGAGCAGAAGAGACGAAGAACAACUUAAGCAGAAACAGAAAUCACUCCAAGAAGGACUUGGUGCGGCCAAGGAAAAGGAGUGA